ACGAGGCCUCUUGCUGUAAUAAAUAGGAUAAGCUUCCCCAUUGCAAUUUGUUUUUGAUGCAUGAAUCAUUAUGCAUGCACCGCUUGACGCUUUGACAGCUCCAUCUCUCAUUAUUAUUAUAUGUAUAUAUAAAGCCAACGUUAAGUUUAUGUCUUGCACCUCAAACUAUCAAUUCAACGUUUUUAUUAUCAACCCCUUUAAACCGAAGCUGGAGUAAAAACUUGUCUAUGGCGAUGUCUAGACAGCGGGUAUUCACUUUUGGCAAGGGCAGAAGUGAGGGAAACAAGGCCAUGAAGGCCUUGUUGGGAGGAAAAGGGGCGAACCUGGCAGAAAUGGCAAGCAUUGGGUUAUCAGUGCCUCCUGGACUGACCAUAUCAACAGAAGCUUGUCAAGAGUAUCAGGACAACGGCAAGAAGCUACCUGAUGGCCUCUGGGAUGAGAUUCUUGAAGGCCUUACUUUUGUGGAGUCAGAGAUGGGAACCUCCCUUGGGAAUCCUUCUAAGCCUCUCCUCCUCUCUGUGCGCUCUGGCGCCGCGAUUUCCAUGCCUGGAAUGAUGGACACAGUUCUCAAUCUUGGACUCAAUGAUGAAGUCGUUACUGGCUUGGCUGCAAAAAGUGGAGAGCGCUUCGCUUAUGAUUCAUACAGACGUUUCUUGGACAUGUUUGGAGAUGUUGUAAUGGGUAUUCCACACUCAUUGUUUGAAGAAAAGUUAAAGAAUCUAAAAGGUAGAAAAGGUGUCAAACUUGACACUGAUCUAAUAGCAUCUGAUCUCAAGGAUGUGGUUGAGCAAUACAAGAAUGUCUACCUCGAAGCCAAGGGAGAAAGUUUUCCUUCAGAUCCAAUGCAGCAGCUAGAAUUAGCGAUUAAAGCAGUUUUCAACUCUUGGGAUAGUCCAAGGGCCAUUAAGUACAGGAGUAUUAAUAAAAUAUAUGGGCUAAAGGGAACCGCUGUGAACAUUCAAAGCAUGGUGUUUGGCAACAUGGGCACUACUUCAGGAACUGGCGUCCUGUUCACGCGAAAUCCAAGCACCGGCGAAAAGAAACUCUAUGGGGAGUUUCUGAUUAAUGCUCAGGGAGAGGAUGUAGUUUCCGGAAUCAGGACACCCGAGGAUUUGGAGAUGAUGAAAACUUGCAUGCCGGAAGCUUACAAGGAACUUGAGGAGAACUGUGAAAUAUUGGAGAAGCAAUACAAGGAUAUGAUGGAUAUUGAGUUCACUGUUCAAGAAAAUAGGUUGUGGAUGUUGCAGUGCCGAAGUGGAAAACGUACUGGUAAAGGUGCCGUCAAAAUAGCUGUUGAUAUGGUUAAGGAAGGACUUGUUGGUAUUCGUUCUGCAAUCAAGAUGGUAGAGCCACGCCAUCUUGAUCAACUUCUUCACCCUCAGUUUGAGGAUCCAUCUGCUUACAAGGACAAAGUGAUUGCCACGGGCUUGCCUGCUUCCCCUGGAGCUGCAAUAGGGCAGAUUGUGUUCACUGCUGAUGAUGCAGAGGCAUGGCAUUGUUGAAAGGUGAGGACAGAGACAAGUGCAGAGGAUGUUGGCGGUAUGCAUGCAGCUGCUGGGAUCUUGACAGAGAGAGGUGGUAUGACAUCUCAUGCUGCCGUUGUAGCCCGCGGAUGGGGGAAGUGUUGUGUGGCUGGCUGCUCUGGUAUACUUGUAAAUGACACCGAAAAGGUGGUGGUAGUUGGGGAUAAGGUGCUCCCGGAAGGAGAAUGGAUAUCACUUAAUGGGUCCACCGGUGAGGUGAUACUAGGAAAGCAACCACUUUCUCCUCCAACUCUAAGUGAUGAUCUGGCAACCUUCAUGUCUUGGGCUGAUGAAACAAGGCAUCUGAAGGUAAUGGCAAAUGUUGACACACCUGCAGAUGCACUAACAGCUAGACAGAAUGGUGCCCAAGGAAUUGGACUGUGCAGGACCGAACACAUGUUUUUUGCCUCAGACGAGAGGAUAAAGGCUGUGAGGUUGAUGAUAGUAGCCAUUACACCAGAACAGAGGAAAGCCGCAAUUGACCUGUUGCUACCUUAUCAGAGAUCAGAUUUCGAGGGGAUCUUCCGCGCAAUGGACGGUCUCCCGGUGACAAUCCGAUUAUUGGAUCCUCCACUUCAUGAGUUUAUUCCCCAGGGUGAGUUGCAUCACAUUGUCAGGGAGCUAACUUCGGAGACAGGAAUCAAUGAAGAAGAAAUCUUCUCUAGGAUUGAAAAACUAUCAGAAGUGAAUCCCAUGCUUGGUUGCCGAGGCUGCAGGCUAGGAAUCUCAUACCCGGAACUAACUGAGAUGCAGGUUCGUGCAAUCUUUGAGGCUGCAGUUUCAGUGAGUAACCAUGGCAUUAAAGUUCUGCCGGAAAUAAUGGUUCCACUUGUCGGUACACCUCAGGAGUUGAAGCACCAAGUGAGUUUAAUAAGAAAUGUUGCUGUGAAAGUGUUCUCUGAGAGGGGUUCCUCUCUAAGCUAUAAAGUAGGAACCAUGAUCGAGGUCCCUAGAGCUACCCUGAUUGCAGAUGAGAUUGCAGAGGAAGCAGAAUUCUUUUCAUUUGGAACCAAUGACCUUACCCAAAUGACAUUUGGGUACAGCAGAGAUGAUGUUGGCAAAUUUCUUCCUAUUUACCUGUCAACCGGCAUUCUGCAGAAUGAUCCAUUUGAGGUACUUGACCAGAAGGGUGUUGGUCAACUCAUCAAGAUUUGCAUAGAAAAGGGACGUGCUGCUAGACCAAACUUAGAGGUUGGAAUAUGUGGAGAGCAUGGUGGUGAACCAUCCUCUGUUGCAUUCUUUGCCAAAGUUGGUCUUGACUAUGUUUCCUGUUCUCCCUAUAGGGUUCCAAUUGCUAGCCUUGCAGCAGCUCAAGUUGCAGUGGAAGAUGGGAAUUGACUCUCUAACUCGCUCGGAAUAUUGUGGUCUAUAAUAAGUCCAUUCAUGUAAAUCGGAAAUGGAUAUGAAACAGAAACUUGGCCUACAAAUAUCUGUAGAGACAUGUAUGUAUAUCUAAGUCAAAAUAAGAGAGAUUCUGUAGAAGUUCUUGUACAUGUUCCACACUCUUUUGCUAAUAAAGUCUUCCAUAAAUGUGUAUCUUUCUUUUAA